AUGUUGGCUCUGCAUCAUAAAAUAACUUCACAACCUGAUAUAAAAGUUGAAAAUACACAUUAAUCUAAUCCGUAAAUUUCAAGAUCUUUAAAACCUGCUUAAUUUCUUAAUAAUCUAGAAUAGUUUAAAGAAAGUGAUAGCCAAGUAUUUGUACCUUUAAAAACAGAAGCCAUUUACUAAUAAGGUGCAUAGACUGAUAGAAUUUAAGAAAUUAAUAUUCAUUUUCCAAAAAUUUAAUCAAACUCAUCUUAACUAAUAAACAAGCCAUUAAACUUAAUGCCAGAAUCCAAACAUAAUCAACUCAAAGUCUAAUUGAAUAAUAUUUUUUCUCAGUAAAAUUCUUUAAGUGAUUCUCAUAUUAUUUUGCCAGGAAUUAAUAAAUAAAGAAAAGAAUCACAAAUGUAUAUUAAAAUGAUAGAGGAAUAAAUGAGUUUCCCAAAUUAAGAAUCAUAAAUAAAAGUUUAUAAUAGAUUUAGCAGAAAAGGAAAGAAUUAAACUUAAAGUUAAACUAACUUAGAAACUUUAAUCAAAUUGGAUUCGGAAAAUUCAUAAAUAAAUGACUUAAAUGUUUUAAGAAAAGUUGAAUUUUAUAAACGAGUUAAGGUUAUAAAUCUUCAAAAUGGAAGAAUAGCAACAGAAGUUAUAAAAGAAGAGGAUGAAUAGCAGCCUCCAGUAAAAGUUAAGAGAAAAUUUGUUUCUCAAAAAACGAAAUUUUUUCAAGAUAAUUCUAAUAUAUGA